CUUAAAAUUAUCAUUGAUGUAGAAUUCACUUGUUUCUUCGAAAAGGUUCACUCGUUUCAAAUGGAAACACACACCGAGAAAAAACAGUCCACAUGCAAUUCGAACAAGUCUACAAAACCCAAGUCAUCAGAAAAUAUUAAAAAGCUUAAAGAACGGAUCAUUCAAACCAAUCAGUUGCUAAACCUUUUUAAAACAAAAGAAAAAGAACUUACUCAACAUAAAGAAAGCAUUGCAUUUCUGGAACAAAACCAAACCAAGUCAAAAACGCAACUAGCAUUACUAAAUAAAGAAAUUGAAGUUUUUCGUAAAGCCGCCCAGCAAUUUCGUACUGAAGCUGAAAAUUUAAAGCAAGAUUUAGAUCAAAAAAAUGCCCAACUAAAGGAUCAAUCUGCAAUGACGGUUGAAAUUAAACGCCUUCGAUCCGAAAACGACAAAUUAGGAAAACGAGUAAAAUCACUUGAGGUCUUAAAAGACCAAUUGGAAUUCAAAGUACAAGAAAGUGAUGCUACGAACGAUAUACGAGAAAACCAAAAAAAAGAAAUUUCUCGAUUGAAAAAAGAACUCGAAAAGAA